AUGGAAUGUGUACAGGAAAGAAUUGUUGAUGUGAUGGCUACCGAUGGUUACGGUAACAGCGGAAUGGUCACUUCAGAAGGAAACGAUUAUUUGGCUUAUCUGAAUAAAACUAUUAAUAAUAUCCGUUGUGCCAAUGAUUUUAAUCGCGUUGCUCGUAAGAUACGUGCAGUAUCGGCGUCAGCUGAUCGAAUUGUCGUAGAAAUGGUAGUGGAGGAGGAGCACGUUAACAGUAAAAAAACCUUACACGGGGGUCAAACUGCUGCAUUGGUGGAUAUGACAACCGCACGCGCAGUUGGAAUGACUGUACGAGACAGAGUUAUGGUCUCCGUCGAGCUUGCUGUCAGUUACUUGUUACCGGUGAAACUUGGUGAAACGAUCGAAAUCGAGGCAAAAGUGUUGAAAAUUGGUCGAAAUAUUGCUUUCACAGAAGCUGAAUUUCGAAGAAAAGGUGAUGGCCGAAUAGUUGCUAAAGGAAAACAUACCAUAGCUUUCGUUCCAAAACCACCGACCACAAAUGGCGAUCCAUUCGAGCAAUUUUGA